AUGCAACAUCGACUCCUUCCACUUCCCGACGCAGACAUUUUGAAGGCGCCUCGCGGCGUGUCAGGGUCCCGCACUAUCUUCGCAUCAGCGGAGAAGCCUCAGCAGCAGCAACAGCCAUCCCAGCAGCAGUCGCAUGAUGAGAAGCAGAUGAUGCAGCACGAGGCGAUGCCCAUGGCGGUGGAGAGGAGGGGACAGAGGGACCUGGCAUCCCGUGCCGUCGCUCCCCUUGGGGCCUUUUCAGACCUAUUCGACCCGUUCCCGGCGAACCGCUCGCUGACGCAGCUUCUCGACUCCGUGGAUCGCAUGUUCGACGACUCGCUCCUGCUGCCCAUGAUGCCGCGCUUCCCCUCUCUCUUCCGCGCCACAUCGCCGCUCGCCGCCAGCAGCGCUGCCGCGCGCCCCGGUGUGGCGGUGAGGACGCCGUGGGACUUGCGCGAAACGGACGACGCCUUCCACAUGCGCCUCGACAUGCCCGGUAUGUCCAAGGAGGAGGUGUCGGUGAAGCUGGAGAAUGGCAAUCUGGUGAUUCGCGGAGAGCACAAGGCGGAGGAGAAGGGCGGAGAGGAGGGAGAGGGACUCUGGGAUGCGCGCAUCGCCAAGUCCUACCAGACUACUCUGGCCCUUCCGGAUAACGUUCUCACGGAUCAGAUUAAGGCGGAGAUGAAGAAUGGUGUGCUCACUGUCACUAUGGCCAAGGAAACUCCGCCCGAGGCUACCCCCUCGGCCAUCGAGAUCCCAGUUGCUUGA